GUCUGCUCUCCUCUCUCGCUCUGUCUCUCUCCUUCUCUCUCUCUCUUUCUCUCUCUCUCUCUUUCGCCCUCUUGCUGUGAGCUGCUGAUGAUUGUUAUUAUUCACUCCCUCUCUCUAUUGCACUGCUACUGACAAGCGUUUGUCUGCGGGGGAGGUUUUCAUCAACUCACAGGCUGUUGUCAGGAGAGGAAAUUGCAAUAAAGCGGCAGCAGCAGCAGCAGAAGAAGAAGAAGGAGCAGCAGCAGCAGCAGAAUCAUUAGCAGCCCAAUCCUCAUCCUCCAGCUACAGCAACCGUCUUGGCGAGACCCCCGAGAGCUGCCACACAGGCUUGUUAUCUGUUUGUGUUAUUCCGCUGUACUGGGGGGACGAUAAAGCUGCUUUCCCAGGGAGUGUAUUUCAUGGGGAUGUGUUCAAGGCAAGAGAGGAUUCAGAAGGAUAUCGACAUUGUCAUCCAAAAGUGCAAGGCGGAAAAGGACUGCCUGUUUUCAGAUUUCAAAUACUCGGACUCCACUUUCACCUUUACCUUCCUAGGUGGCAUCAAAAGUGUUGCAUAUUCGGUACAUGUCUCUGAGGAUUAUCCAGAUAAUACAUAUGUGUCAAGCUCAGAAAAUGAUGAAGAUGUGUUAGUUACAACAGAACCCAUCCCUAUCAUCUUCCACAGGAUCACAGAGCUGAGGAAAUCCAAUGACAUUACCAGCUGCCUGUCCAUAAAAUCAAAACUGCAGAGAGAAAAUGGAGAGGAGUCCCGACACAGCAGUGCAGUGGAAGAGGAUUCUGAAGGCGAUAAUGAUUCCGAAGAGUUUUAUUACGGAGGACAGGUGAGUUACGAUGGGGAACUUCAUAAGCAUCCACAGCUGGAAGCUGACUUGGCAGCAGUGAGAGAAAUCUAUGGACCCAGCGCUGUAUCUCUCAGGGAAUACGGAGCAAUUGAUGAUGUGGAUAUUGAUUUGCAUAUUGACGUUAGUUUCCUUGAUGAAGAAAUUGCUGUAGCAUGGGAUGUUAUCCGCACAGAACCGAUUGUAAUUCGCCUCCACUGUUCUCUCACACAAUAUUUAAAUGGCCCAGUGCCAACAGUUGACGUCUUUCAGAUAUCUACAAAGGAAAAGUUUGGUUUGGGACACCAGUUGAAAAAGAUAAUGCAGACAUUUGUGACGCAGCAAUGGAAGCAGAGCAAAGAGAAAUUGAAUUGUUCGCACAAGAAGAUGUCAGAGAAGAAGGUGAAGUCUCCACUGCACAUUUUUUCUACAUUGCGCAGGUCGCCAAGUUAUCCCCCUCCUGGAUGUGGUAAAAGUAAAGUAAAGCUGAAAUCUGAGCAGGACGGUAUCUCCAAAACUCACAAACUCCUGAGAAGGACUUGUUCUAGCACAGUGAAACCUGAAGACAUAUGUAAUCCAAAGUCUCACAGGAACUUUGGCCGCUCGCUGUCCAGUGACCCCAGGGCGGAACAGCCAAUGGGCUUGAAACCACACAAACUUUUGAACCGCCAGUGUUCUACAGCCAUUAAGCAGGAGGAAUGCAUCUCCCUGAAACAACAUAAACUCUUAACUCGUUCUUGUUCUGGGGACCCCAGAUGUGAGCACAACAGCACCUUGAAGCCGCAUAAACUUUUAAGCAGGUCUUAUUCUAGUAAUCUUCGUAUGGAAGAGUUAGACGGGCUCAAGAACCACAAACUACUCAGCAAGUCAUGUUCCAGUGCCCCUAAAGCAUCCAAAAUGGACCUGCUGAAAGAACCUAUCGCAGAGGGCAGGAGGCUCUCUCUUACCUCAGGGCUGAUUGGUAUAUUAACGCCAGCUGCAUCAUCACAACCUGCUCCUACCAAUAAUGCAAAAAGCGUGCCAGCACGAGCGCAUGGAUUUCUCGUACAGACAAUAGAGUUUGCUGAGCAAAGAAUACCUGUGCUCAACGAGUACUGUGUGGUUUGUGAUGAGCCCCAUGUUUUUCAAAAUGGACCAAUGCUGAGGCCCACAGUGUGUGAAAGAGAGCUAUGUGUAUUCGCUUUUCAAACAUUAGGUGUAAUGAAUGAAGCCGCAGAUGAAAUCGCCACUGGUGCUCAGGUUGUAGAUCUGCUAGUAUCCAUGUGUCGGUCUGCUUUGGAAUCUCCAAGGAAAGUUGUUAUUUUUGAGCCAUAUCCUUCGGUGGUAGACCCCAAUGAUUCUCAGGCCCUGGCCUUUAAUCCCAGAAAAAAGAAUUACGACAGAGUUCAGAAGGCAUUAGACAGCAUCGCUUCUAUUAGAGAGAUGACUCAAGCACCUUAUUUGGAAAUCAAGAAGCAGAUGGAUAAGCAAGAUCCCCUGGCCCACCCUUUGCUGCAAUGGGUGAUUUCAAGUAAUAGAUCUCAUAUUGUGAAAUUGCCAGUUAACAGGCAACUGAAAUUUAUGCACACCCCUCACCAGUUCCUACUUCUCAGCAGUCCUCCAGCCAAAGAAGCAAAUUUCAGAGCUGCUAAAAAACUCUUUGGGAGCACAUUUGCAUUUCAUGGCUCGCACAUUGAAAACUGGCACUCCAUCCUGAGGAACGGAUUAGUAGUAGCUUCCAAUACAAAACUGCAGCUUCAUGGUGCCAUGUAUGGAAGCGGAAUCUAUCUUAGCCCUUUAGCAAGCAUAUCGUUUGGCUACUCAGGGAUGAACAAAAAGCAGCAGAAAGUGUCAGCCAAGGACGACCCACCAUCAGGCAGUAAAAGCAGUAGUACAACACAGUCACAGAAAAAAGGACAACAAUCCCAAUUUUUGCAAAGCCGUAACUUGAAAUGUAUAGCCUUAUGUGAAGUGAUCACCUCAUCCGAAUUGCACAAACAUGGGGAGAUCUGGGUCGUUCCCACUACCGAUCAUGUCUGUACACGGUUCUUUUUUGUCUACGAAGAUGGUCAAGUAGGAGAUACAAGCAUUAACACACAAGAGCCAAGUAGCUAUAAAGAGAUUCUUCGAGUCAUCGAUUUCAACCUCCAGUAAUCCCCUAAUCCCCUGCACAACAGCACUUAGACGGAGACAAAGAGGGGCAGUAUUUGGAGCCAAUCAGUUGCCAUCCAGUCACAUGUGCUGCCAAGGAGUAUGCUGACAGAAGGAGAGAGCAGAGAGAUGUCCUUAUCAGUCUAUUACUGUUCCUUCACUGUCCAGGCUGUGUGUGCUUAUCUUUAUUUCACGGUACUUCACACUUUAGUAUACCGGGCUUUUAAAAAUACUUUGUGAAGUGAUCCUAAAAUGAACAUGUGCUGAAGUGUUUGGCACUCCGUUGUGCAUGCCCUUUACGUGUUUUUUAACAUUAAUGGAUGUAAAAGUUCCAGGAACUUGUCAGAAUCUGCAGGUUUUUAAGCGAGAAUAUUUUCUAACAUAACUGACUCUUGUUUGGAUUAUCCCAUAGAGGAAUACUGCCAAAUGUCACCUGCAAGCCCCAUGAUGCAUUUCCUUUGCAGUGAAUUCUAUAUACUAGUUAUGAAUGUGACAAGCGGCGGCGGCGGCGGCCAUAACGUAGGCUCUCUACAUUCCACUCCACAGACAUCCCCUUCAUUCAUAAGCUAUUUCCACAUUUGAUUUCUCUUUUUCUAAAACAAUCCACAAAGUCUGAUAUCAAACAGCACAACUAAUGUCGGCGGAUUCUUCCAUACAACCUGCCUUUGUGAAGGGCUAACCGCAAUUAAAUACCAACGCAAAUUCAGCAGGUGUCAGAUUCAAACCUCGCCAAAACAAUGACAUGGUGUCUGACUUUAUCAUUUUUUAGCAAAAUUAAUUGUAUAACAUAAAAACAGUGACUGGAUCAAACAUUGCACUUUGUAAAGCCCAAUUCCAGCCAAAACUCAACCCUCUGUAGAGCUUUUAUUGCUCGCUGCGUCCCCAUUGAGGAGACC